CCAGCACGUGCCGAUGGAUUGAUGGCCACCACGCGUACCCUGACCAUCGCUGAUGUUGCGUACCUUGUCCGUUUUUUUUCCUUUCAUUUGCAGAUUCGCGCCACGGAACCACAAUAGGGAGAGAGAACCACACACAGACAGGUCGGCAUACGACGGACCUGUUCUCGUCUGCGGUGGAUUACGCCCCAGACUCCCAUGGUUGAAAGAUGUAUGGAGUGCUGCGAACAUCGGCGCCGACUUCUUCACGUCACAGGCGGCCAUGAAUCGAGCGUGCGGUUACCAACAACGACCACCACCACCAUCAUCAGCGUUUGCGGUGCUUCUGCUGCUGAGCACUUGUAUCACCACAUACGCCACGCCACGAUCUGCGUCCGACAUUGAAACAUCUCUUUCCCGUUCCCUAAAAUCCAUCCCACGGUAGUUCCGAAAGUGCAGCAGAGUGUGGCUGGCAGCGAUGCACGGUUGAAGUGCGGCAUCAAGGAGCAACACGCGGAGCACAUGAAUGCAUCGGACGUGCGGUGGUACUUCAAGCCAUGUGGUGGGGGAGAAGGAUUCCAGCAGACUGCCUGCAGUGACCGUACCGCACUGGAUGGCUACGACUGGCGGCCGCUUAAUUGCGACAAUAAACCGUGCCGCGUGACGCUGACGAUUGCGAAUGUCUCGGAUGCGAAUGCCGGUUUGUAUCGCUGCACGAUCCACCCGUACCGGACGGAUAACCAGACCAUCUAUUCAAUUCAGCUAGUCCGGUCCUUCGAGCUACUGGUAAUAAAGUCACCACUGGACGAGUCGAUACCGGCGCCGGAACUGAUGGACAAUCUGCCGGCCAACACGACGGCCAUCGUCGAUACGCCGAUCGUGCUGCAGUGUCGCGUGCACAGUAAGGUCCCACCGACCAUCAAGUGGUUCCGGCGGCUUAACAAGCGGCUCGGUGAGCACAGCUUCAAUCAGAACAAAUCGAUCCGCUAUCUGGAGAACUUCUACGAGCUGCUACCGUCGGCCGGCGAGAAGCUGCUGGCGCACGAUGUCUACCUUAGCAAGCUCAUCCUCUACAACGCGUCCGAGCGCGACAUCGGCAUCUACGUGUGCGUCGGCAUCAAUUAUGUGGGCGUCAGCAUGGCCGAUGCGUACGUGAAUCUGGUGCACGCGAACGGUAUGCCGGUCGAGCAGGAGGCGUCCGGUGGGUACGUUGGAUUGAUGGUUCUGUUUCUGAUACCGAUCGCUCUGGCCGUGAUACCGCUGCUGGUUUGGGCAGCACUAAAUGUGCUUCGCUCACGCCAAUCCGGCGAAGGGAAACCUUCCCUUGGUGAGCCUACCGCCGAUGUGUCCGCGUACGAUCCGAACAGUGUGGUGUGGUUAAAGCGGAAACGCAUAGUGUACGGUGGCAGUAUGCAGGAGCAUAUUUAUGAGAAAAUUGAUUUAACCUGAACUGGAACGGGAACCGGGAAGUUCGUCCAGCAGACCUCGCUGAGUCGAAAUGAGAAUAAGUGGCCUCGCAUAAUAGGUUUAAGCACAAUAUGCAAAGUUGUCGAUGUAUUUAUUGGAAUAUUUCAUAAAAAUAUGUUUUUCUCGCAAGCCUCGCAGACUUCUUU